AUGUCUCUCGGGAAGCAACAGCAGCAGCAGCAGCCACUCUCACAACAGCACAGCCAACCCCCUCCGGAGCGCCUCAUCCAGGCCGUCGCCCAAACCCUCGGCAUCUCAAGAGAUGACAUCCUCCUAUACGACUCCUUUAGCGAACUGGGCGGCGACGAGACCAAGGCGGAAGCUCUGCGGCUGGCCUGCAGGAGGAGGGGCAUAGACGUCAAGAGCGAGGAUGUUUUGAAUUGUCCUACGCUCGCUGAGCUGCAGACGCGGAUAACGGCUUUCCCUGAUCCUUUACCUCUUGAUUCCACCACCAAUUCAUCGUUGAGCUCGGAAGAUUCGAUUCGAAGCCCUGUGGUCGAUGAUGACGUAUUCUCGCCAAAGAGUCGCAAGUGGGCAGAUUCCAUGUCCAGCUACGACUCCGUGUCCACUGACGACGACUCGAUAAAACCCAUCAGGUCCAGUCUUGACGGUCUUCUCAGGUCUUUUCCCAAGGUCAAGAAUGUGUGUCUCGCGACGCCCAAGGCGGGGCCCUUUGACGGCCAGCUGGUGGCCUUUCUCAGCAUCGCAACCAGUAAUGGUAGUACGGCAGGGGCCGAAGUUGACGAGAUCACGUUGCCGCCGAGGAGGGAGAUGGAAGCGCAGAGGAAGGAGAUGCGAUCGUUACGGAUGGCGGUUCAGGAGUGGGCUGCUGAUUCUCGACGGCCGCAGAUUUGGAUUCCUCUCACGUACAUGCCCUUCACCGAUAAUCAAGAGCCAGACGUGCGACGACUUCAGGUGUGGGCUCAGGAUAUCAGCAAUUCCACAUACGACGAGGUCAUGAGAAUACAGGUCGCUGAGCCUCGGCGGCGGAGGGACAUCAGUCCUGGCAAGUGGCGGAAAAAGGUGCAGUCGUGGGCUGAGUCGCGAAAGUCGAUGUUGGUGGUCCACGAUGCUGAGGAGCUGGGUGAGACGGUUUGUUUUCCACUCUCACCGAUGCAGCAGCUUUACUUUCAGGCUUUGAAGCAGAAGGGCGAGUCGAUUGCUGAGCCAGAGUGUCGGUACACGCGGAGCGUCAUGCUCAGAGUAAGAGGUGGAGCUAAGUCGUCUCACGUCGAGAAGGCUGUUGAGGCUUUGGUUGCCAGGCAUGAGAUGCUUCGAGCUCGCUUCAGACCGGUUCUUCAGGAGUGGCUCCAGGUUACUGUUCCUGCGACUUCAAGUUCAUACCGUUUCGCUCACCAUAUUGAUGUUGACGACGAUGAGAUACGGGGUUUGGUGGAGGGAGCGCAGGCUGCUAUUAACCCUACCAAAGGACCCGUCUUUGCUGUCCAACACAUUCAAAACGAGAACAAGCAGAUGCUACAUCUUACGGCUCACCAUCUAAUCGUCGAUCCUCUAUCAUGGCGUAUCAUCAUCCACGAUCUCGACCAGCUGCUACAACGAGGUACUUCUCUAUCCAAGCCAUCAACAUCUUUCCCCCGUUGGAUCGAAUACCAAAACUACGAAAUGAGCCAGCGAUUAUUUGAGCCGACACUCCCUUUCGAAGUAUUAUCCGCCGACCUCGAAUACUGGAAUCUGACACAAGAAGUCAACACCUACGGCAACACCCAACAAUCUUCCUUUUCCCUAACGCCGGAACUAGUCUACAUCCUGAAGAAUGCAUCCGCCAACGUCUUGCGGACAGAGCCGGCCGAUGUUCUCCUCGCAGCACUGCUACUCUCUUUCUCUCACAUGUUUCCCGACAGAGCACUCCCGACGUUAUGGAAGCAGGAACACGGCCGAGGCGCUUUUGAUGGAGACCUCGACAUUAUGGACACGACCGGAUGGUUUGCUUCGCUUUGUCCCAUUGGCGUCCUUCUCGACUCGACGAUCGAUCUAAUCCAGGCCAUUAAGCUUAUCAAGGAUACACGCCGAACCGUCCCUAGAGAAGGCAUCCCUUACUUUGCAGCCGAGUUUUCCACCUCAAAAGGCGCCGCUGCGAGUCUACCGGUGGAAGUCAUGUUUAAUUGCGCGGACACGGCAGAGCAACUUCAACGAAAGAACGGACUCCUGGAGCCGGUGAUAGCGCCAGGUCAGAAGACGGCUUCUCUCACUUCUGAAGCAGGCUCUGAAGUGGGCAGGAUAGCCCUCUUCGAAGUUUCUGUUCUGAUGGACGCUUCGGGGGCUCAGGUGGAUUUUACAUACAACAAGACGGCCAAGUACCAGGACAAGAUUGAGACUUGGGUACAGGUCUUUGAGCGUCUUGUGUUGGAAGCUAUUGGCAAGCUCCAGAACCAUGAACCCGAGCUCACCCUGGCCGAUGCACCGCUACUGAGAUCAUCUUACAAAGCUCUCGCUAGACUCACUUCCGAUCGACUCGCAGGCGUUCCUAUUCCGAAUGUGCGAGAUAUCGAGACUAUCUACCCCGUGACGCCAUCCCAGCAGGAGGUUCUCAUCGCCCAGACGCAAAACAUCGACACAUUUAAUGUACACGCCGUUUACGAACUGAGAGCACGACAGGGACGUUCGAUCGAUACUGCACGGUUGUGUACUGCUUGGGAGGCCAUUGUGACCAACAAGCCAGCUCUACGGAGUAUAUUCAUUGAUGGAGUGUCUCGGGAGGGACUGUUUGAUCAGGUCAUUUUGAAGAAGGCAUCGCCGAGUAUGCUUUUUAUCGAAUCGAUAGACCCUGAUGAGGCCGUCUCAACUUUGCCAGAGCUGAACAUGCCAUUGACGGAACCGCGACAUCGUCUUUCAGUGUGUCAUAACCCUGAUAGGACGUUGGUGAGGUUGGAUACCAGUCAGGCAAUCUGCGAUUUGGCGAGUCUCGAUCUACUCGUGACAGAGUUGAGUAGAGUCUACUCAGGCGAAGAAUCGACACACAACGAAGCCCUCCACCGCAAGUAUCUGUACCACGUCUCCUCCACCGACACAGCCUACAGCAUGGAAGUCUGGAAGAUCGGAUUAUCCCACGCGAGGCCAUGCUUGUUCCCUCACCUCUCGCCCUCGUCAGGAGACGCGUUCCAAUCUCAGUCGUAUACCCUCGACGUCACACGCCCUCAACUCCAAGCCUUUUGCGCACAACAGCACGUCGAACCCCAUGCUGUCGUGCAGCUUGCUUGGGCGUUGGUCCUCCGUUCCUUUGUGGGGGCGGACCAUGUCACAUUUGGGUAUCAGUUUAGUGGUCGAGAUGAGCAGCUCCUUGACGGUAUCAAUCAGGUCGUGGGCAGCUUUGCUACUGUCUUGCCGUGCUCUAUUGAGGUUAGCCCUGACUAUUUGAUCGGGGCUUGUCUUGCGUCUGUGGGGGAAUCAUUCACCACUUCGCGCAAGCAUGAUAAUGUCACUAUGGCCAAGAUUCAACACGCUAUGCGGAUGAAGGAAAAGCUUUUCAGCACAUGCUUGUUCUUUCAAGACUCUGACCCUUUUGAGGACAACCCGCUGGAAAAUCGCAGAGCAGCAGACCUUGUCCUUUCUCCUGUGACAUCCGGACGCAGGACUGACUGCGACCUCUCCCUCACUGCAAUCUUUGCCAACAGCCGUCUCCAAGUCAGCUUCACCUCACGACAUCUCUCACAUAACCAGACCCAAAGUAUCAUUAGCAGUUUUGAGGCGGCCCUGAAACGCAUUAUGGAGAACCCGGACAGUUCCGUUGAUGAAAUCGACCUAUUUACGGAUCGCCAUUACGCACAGCUUGUGGUCAACGAUUGGGAGUCGACUCAGAGGUCUCGCAAGAUUUCGGCUUGUGUCCAUGAUGUUAUUCUGCAGCACAGUCUCACGCGUCCUGAUGCUCUGGCCGUCUGUUCUUGGGAUGGAGAUAUGUCAUAUGCUCUGCUGUCCACUCUGGUCACUAGGUUACGGACGUAUCUUGUGAACCUUGGCGUUGGUCCUGGUAUGGCGGUCCCUGUUGUGCUGGACAAGAACCACUGGGCCCCCGUCAUGCUCCUCGCUGUUAUGCAGGCCGGUGCCAGCUUUGUGGCCCUCGACUGUCAUGACCCCGCCACGGUCAAGUCGACCAUCGAUCACCUGAGGCCUCAUAUUGUUCUCGCGGCUGAGACAGCAUGGCGCGACCUCAGCGCCAUGGUACUCAACCUGGUCAUCGUCAACGACACCCUGUUUGCCAAUCUGCCCCCUCACAUGUCGUCGCUCGCACGUGAAGCCAGCCCUGAGCAGGCUGCCUGCGUCUUCAUCAGCCCUCGUGCCUCGAGAAGCAUCUUCUUCACCCACUCCUCGUUGUGCUCCAUCUUUGUGAGCCAGGGUCAAGCCCUGAGAAUGGACAGCUUCAGCAGAGUCCUACAGCUCUCGGCCUUCAACGUCGACAUCUCGCUGGUUGAGAUUCUGGGCACCAUGGUACACGGCGGUUGUAUCUGUAUCCCCUCGGCAAAGGAUCGUGCCCAGGAUCUCACCGGUGCCAUGGCACGUAUGGGAGUUACGUGGUCGUACAUGACGGGUAUACUCGCCCGUAGGAUCGCUCCAGCUUCUGUCCCGUCUCUUCAGACAGUUUGCUUCCGAACUCGUAAACUGGACCCUGACACGUAUGGGCCUUGGUUGGAGAGCCGCAAUGUUCUGCUUGCUUAUGGAGCACCGGAUAUUUGCCCCCUCGGUAUCUCCAUCACUGAGAUCACAAGGGACAACCCGUUGAACGUCAUCACUCCGCCCGUUACGGGUCGGUUCUGGGUUCUCAACCCUGAGGAUCCAAAGAAGCUCAUGCCUGUCGGUGCCAUUGGCGAACUAGCCAUUGACAGUCCCCUCGUCACACCUCAUCGGUUUGCUCUUGAUAGACCCCUGGUCGCUCCAAGCAUUCCCUAUCAAGGAGAAAAGCAGAAGGCUCGAUAUCUCAAGACGGGUCACCGUGUGAGAUUUCUAGACAACGGCAACAUCCAGUUCCUCUCCAGUAUCCGCGACGACAUUGUGGUAGAUGGCUCAACAAUCGACGUGACAGAGGUAGAACAGCAUAUCCGUCGAUGUCUCGGCAAAGGUAUCGAUGUCGUGGUGGACUCCAUCAGGACUAGAGAUUCGGCUCCUUUUCUUGCUGCUUUUAUCGAACUCGAUCCGACACUCUUUCAUGGACAAGGGAGCUUUUGCGAUGUUAGCGAGCGUGUCAGGGAGAGGACUUUUCUUGCGAAAAAGAUGUUUGAUGAGUCGAUUGAGAACCCAGGUCCUCAUACACCCAAGAUUCCUCGACACUGCAUCCCGUCAAUUUUUAUUCCCGUCAAGGAACUCCCUGUGUCUACAUCCUUGAAGGUCAAUCGCCGAAAGCUACAGCGCAUGGUGUCGCAGGUGUCCGGCCAAGAACUCCUCGCCAUGUCCACGGUUCCCAACCCAACAGAGAUCCAGCGUCUUGUCCUCGCCCAGAAGCCUCUCCCUCUAACGCGGCCGGAGCAAGUCAUGAGGUCUAUCUGGGCUGGUGUACUACGCAUCCCACCUGGAGAGAUCAAAGGCUCUGACAACUUCUUCUCUGUCGGUGGGAACAAGCUCCUCGCUACUGAAGUCGUUAUUGCGUGUCGAAAGUACGGGCUUCAUGUUUCUCUUCUCGACAUCUUGAACGAGGUCUCUCUCACCGACAUGUGUCGAGCUGCAGAGUCGUCCAACAAGCCCACAAAGAAGACUCUGGACAUAUUUACCCCGUCACAUCUAGCCUUUUCGAUGGACAAGUUUGACAACGCACUUGUCAAAGAUGUGAUUGCCCCUCAGCUCAACUGCUCGCCUCGGAAUAUCCUCGACGUAACCGAGGCGUCGUCUCAGCAGAUUCGAAGUCUCGAGUUGGGCAUGUUUAGCUCCCGUGCUGACAUUGUUUGUCUGGUUAUCAAGUUCAACGGUCCGCUCAAGCUGUCCAAGCUUGAGGCGGCUUGUGAUGAUCUCACAGCGAUGCAUCCUGCCCUCAGAACAGCAUUUGUCGCGCACGAACAUCGAGUUUAUCAGGUCCAUCUUGCUUCACCGGCUCCCUUCAGGACAUAUCCCUGCGAGUCCAAGCUCGACAAGAUGACUGAGACUAUUGUCAAGGAAGAGCAGAGCUUUGCUUUUGACCCAAGAACUCCUGCCACGCAAUUCACCUUUCUCGACUCCAACAAGCAGGGAACGCUUAUUAUGCGUCUGAGCAAGACGCAGAUAGACAGCACUUCGUCGCACCUCAUCGUUCAGGACCUUGUUUCUCUCUACGAGGGAGCUGCCAGCACAACUCCCAGAUCAAGCUUCCUCGAAUACACCCGUGCUUCACGCAUCAACCGUGACCAGGGCUUGGAGUUUUGGAAGUGUCAGCUCGAAAACAUUUCCAUGACCAAUGUUAUCAAUGACAUUAAACCUACUCCUCCAACAGCCGUGGCUCAGAUCAAGUCUCUUCAACAUACCACCUCUCAAGGCCGUCUUGUCGACUACGGCAUGACCCCCGACACCGCCCUCAAAGCUGCUUGGGCUAUUGUACUAGCUACCCUCUCCGGCGUCAACGACGUUCUCUUUGGCGAGGUCAUCCACACGCAAAACGUGCCUCCUCCGUUUGCCAUGGACCUCAGCAGCAUGGUUGGCCCCCUGACCAACGUCAUCCCCGUGCGUGUACAGUUUCCUGCCAUCCAUAGCACACCUCUCGAUCUCAUGGCCUGCGUUCAAAAACAGCGACAGUCCAACGCUCGCUUUGACAUGUUUGGUUUUCAGGAGCUUGUCAAUGAGUGUACCAACUGGAGGGCGUGUACUCAGUUUAGCACUAUUGUGCAGCACGAUGUCAAGUCGCCUCUUGAUGGAUCGUCGACGCUCAACAUUGAUGGAAUGACUUUUACAUACAAGACUGUCGAUCCUCCAGCGCAGGACUUUCCUCAUUUGUUUGUCCGCUCGACCGUUGAGGGCGCUGAUCGUGUCACCCUCGAGAUCAAAUACUCUGAAGAGCGUCUGUCUACUUCGUUUGUGCAGUCUUGCCUCAGUCUUCUUGUCGCUGCUUGGGAGACUCUUACCCAUGCAGACACGAUUCACCAGCCCAUGGUUCAAUCUGCUGAAGAAAUCAGUCGCUCGGUGAAGCAGAUUCCAUUCCCUCCCAAGGAGUCUAGCACUCUGCAUGUCCCGGUUGAUGUUGUUCUACAGCCAGCCCAGCGAAAGGACCUGGACAAGGCCAUCGCUAGAGCUUGGAACGAGGUUAUCAAGCCAUCAUCCAACAUCCCGCAGCGUCAACUCGAGACUAUCCCCUUCUACGCCAUCUCUAGGUCUAUCCUCUCUGCCCACUCCCUCACAACGCACCUCAACCAGGCUCUGAGGUCCCUCAACAUUCCCAACCUCAACACCAUCACCCUCAGAGUGGAAGACAUCCUCUCCAACCCGAGCAGCCUUUCUCAGCUCGAACACAUCACCCACCUCCUCCGCACCGCCGGGACACUCGCCCUCCCUGUUCCCCCCGCCCCUAAAUCAGAUGCAUCUUCAACCCUUCGACGACCCAAUUCAAGAUCCGGUCCCCAGUCCGAACGCACCGUCUCAUGGCGCAAGAGCUUUCUCGGUCUGAGAGGUCGUAGCAGUAUGAAGGAUUUGAGCCAAAAGGCUAGCGAGUGGAUCAAGUCCAAGAAAUCCACCAGCGACACUUCGCUACCGUCUAAUGGCGUUCAUGAACUAGACGGCGCCUCCCGCGGGAAAACAGUUGCAGAACUUCCUGCACAGUCAGCCCCUGUCCCAAGACUCGGUAGUCUUCUUUCCGAGAACGAGAAGCAUAUCGCUGAGCUUGAGGGUACCAUCCUCAGCUAUGACUCUGGUGGUCGAGGUAGUCCAGUUGACCGAAGCAGUAUCGGAGACUCGUCUUGGAGAUCAGUUGAAGACGCAGAGUCAUCCUGUCGGUCCAUCGAAGAAGUUGUCGAAGUAAGCCCAGUCGGUCCUUUUCACGCUGAUAAGCGAAAGUCCAUCUGGGGAUCUGUGUUGGAACUUCCACGUCGUUCAAUAACUCCUCGUUUCUUAAGGUGA